CUUCCUUUAGUCCAACUUCUUCCCUCUCAACUUCUUGCAGCCUCUGCUCGAUGAAGAGGUCGAGGGACUCUUCGCCCGCACCAACGAAUCAACUCAAACCUUCAACAAAAGAUACCGAUCUUUCAAACGGACUCACUAGCAGCGACACACCCGACAUGGCCACGGCUUGCCCCCAUCUCUCGGCGGCUUUUUCAACGCUGUCGCCACCGAGGCCGAGCCAGCAGGUCCACCGAGAAGAGUGCACGCAGUGCUUUGACAACCAGGAUGGACCCGAGGGAAUCAACGUCUGCCUCUCUUGCUUCAACGGAGGAUGCCUGGCCAACGAAGAUCGCAACCACGCUGCGUUGCACCACUCAAAGACGGGCCAUAACCUCGUCGUCAACAUCAAGAGGGUGCCCAAGCCGAGGGCACCUGGCCAGGAGGACAUGCCGUCAGAGCCCAAGAAGCUCGCUAUUGCUGCUGAGACGGAAGCGGACAAGUACGACUUUAUCACGACACCAAAGUGCCUCGCAUGUCAGGGCAAGGAGCUGCCCAGGACAGACAAGCUCGAAGAGGUCAUAGGCGGCGUAAUGAAGGCUCUGUCUUCUGCUCAACAAUCAGAAGUCAAGGCAUGGGAGGAGGAGAUUGUGCCGUGCAACCACACACGCGAGCUCAAGCAGCUGGGUGAACCGACGAAGCUCGAGCUGAGCGAGCUGGCCAAGUGCAAGAAAUGCGACCUCAACAGCAAUCUGUGGCUCUGCCUGACCUGCGGAAACCUGGGAUGCGGUCGGGCUCAGUUUGGAGGCGUGGGUGGCAAUAGCCACGGCCUGACGCACUUUGAGGAGACAGGCCAUCCCAUCAGCGUCAAGCAAGGCACCAUCACCGCCGAAGGCACGGCCGACAUCUACUGCUACGCCUGCAACGACGCCAGAAUCGAUCCGGAGCUGGCGAGCCACCUCAAACACUUUGGCAUGAACGUCAUGGACCUGUCCAAGACCGAAAAGAGCAUGACGGAGCUCCAGCUCGAGCAGAAUCUCAAGUUUGACUUCAACAUGACAGGCGACGAUGGAAAGGAACUCGAGCCCGUCUAUGGUCCUGGGCUGACGGGCCUACGCAACUUGGGAAACAGCUGCUACAUGGCUUCGGUGCUCCAGGCCCUCUUCUCACUGCCCAGCUUCCAGUCGCGCUACUUCCAAGCAUACCGACCCCAUACGAUGGCGUGCACCAACCCGCUCCCUGCCAGCUGCUUCGAGUGUCAGAUGACCAAGAUGGCAGAUGGCCUCCUCUCUGGCCGCUACUCGGUGCCCAGAAGACGGCCAGACGGCAAUGAAUCGUCUGAAGGGCCCAUCUUCCAAGAGGGCAUCCGGCCGAGCAUGUUCAUGGCCCUCGUGGGCAAAGGCCAUGAAGAGUUCAGCACGAUGCGCCAGCAGGAUGCAGAUGAAUUUCUCAAACAUCUCAUCUCGUUCAUCCAGCGCGAGAACCGCAAGAUGGACAACAAUGCGGCGGUGGGUGCACCGACGUCUGAUCCUACGAAGAGCCUCGGCUUCGCAUUGCAACAACGGCUACAGUGCACAGAGUGCAAAAAGGUGCGGUAUACGGUCGAGCCGCAAGACGCCGGCCUCAGCUUGCCUGUGCCUCUCCGUAUCAAGGCGAAGAAGGUAGACGCACAGCAGGGCGACGGUGAUGCCAAGCAAAAGGCGCCGGCGGAAGGCGUUCACGCUGAGCAGGACACAAAGGCCAACGCGGCAGACGAGGUCGAGUACGAGGAUGUUGACCUGCGCGAGUGUCUUGACAUCUUUACGGCGCCCGAGUCGCUCGAGUACAAAUGUCCUUCGUGCAACAAGAAUGUCAUUGCGACCAAGCAAACGCUCUUUGCGACGUUUCCCGACGUCCUUGCGAUACAGGUCCGACGCUUUCAGCUCGUCAACUGGGUGCCUCAAAAGGUCAACGUGCCCAUCCUUGUUCCUGUCAUUGGGCAGGACCUCUCGCUGGACCGGUACCUCGGCACAGGAAAGAGGGAAGACGAAGAGGAGCUGCCCGACACGAGCCCAGACGAGGGACAAGGGCAUGCAAGCAAGAGUGUGGAAUUCGAUGCGGGCGCCAUGUCCCAGCUCACGGCCAUGGGCUUCCCUGAGGUUCGCUGUCAGCGCGCGCUCCUUGCCACGGGCAAUACGGGCGACGCAGAGGCAGCCAUGAACUGGCUCUUUGCCCACAUGGAAGACCCAGACAUUGACGAUCCAAUUGAUCUUGCUCAAGCCGCGUCCGCGGCCUCGGGUUCUGGACAGGCUGCAGGCCCGGACACAUCGAUGCUGGAGGAGAUGGGCUUCACCAAGGCGCAAGCGAACAAGGCCCUGCGGCUGAACUCGAACAACGCCGAGAUGGCUGUUGCGUGGCUGUUUGAGAACGCAGACGAUCAGGGAGACGUCGACGGUCCAGCGCCCACGGCCGCUGACAACGAGGCCGGUCCGUCUGCUGAACAGCAGCAAGCCGUCGUGCCUGGCUCGGCAGACCUGCCGGCAACAUACAAGCUCAACGCCUUCAUCUCGCACAAGGGACCUAGCGUCCACAGUGGACACUAUGUAGCCCACGUCCGGAAGACCGGUGUCGUGGGAAAAGACAACGCAAACGAGGACGGGGAUGAUCAAGAGGGCUGGAUCUUCUUCAACGACGAGAAGGUCGUCAAGGCACCCCUCACAUCGGCGAGCGCCUCGGAUCCACAGUCUGACGUUGGCGUUCGCGGCCUUUCGAAGCUCGCAUACGAAUACAUCUUCGAGCGGAGAUAAGGCAGACAGGCACACAACCAGGAAAUCAAAUGUGUACUCUUUGACUUGACGUCG